CCAUCGAUGCCUGGGAUGGGAAUUCUGAGAGUUGCGUUUGCUCCGGAUCGGAGGGCUUCUGCUGUACCGUACACACAUGYACAGAAGAGAAUCCCYUYGGGYGGUCGACGAACCACCGGCCGAACAUCCCGAAGCGACAAACCCAGCUACAAAUGCUGGUGCGAUCGCAACGAAUGAUGCUGCUCCAACUGCUCCCGAUGCCGCCGUGAAAACAGCGGCACCGGCAGCAGUAUGUAUCAACAGCUGCACCAACGACGACGACGACGACGACCUAAAGGGUCCGCCAAGGUCUCAACGACAGAACGCCCCCAUCCAUCGACACCAUCCGACCGGGGGGCUUUCCAGAAAACCAAUUCGUGCAUCGCAUCCAAACCGGCAUCAUCGAACGAAUCGACAACGCCCACAGGAAUUCCUGCGACGAUUCGAUCCGGAUCGAGCAGCAGCCAACCAYGGGCAACUCGGUCCCCACACUCGGUUCACUCCCUACACGACACCCUAAUUGGACUAUAUCCCGSUGGCGAUGGACCUGUCGGACCCAAGCGAGAUCUUCCACCGGAUACAGAAGAAUCCCCUAAAGGUGGAAGAAAUCGCUGCCAACGACCGGUCGUUUUUUCGWAGGAUGCCUAUCCUAUGAAAAAGCCGACGAGUUCUUUUGCGAACUCGUAUACCGCUUGGCGGAGGCCAAAUGCACRCGAAUCUGAUUGAAGAAAGAAAGAUGCAAUGCUUUUCCAUCCGUGUUGUUUCCCCGGGCAUCUGUCGCUUGAAGAUAUCUUGGUCCCGCGCCAUGACUUUCGUUUGUUUACCUGGUCCAGUUCGUAUUCUGGUUACCAGAGGGCAAAGAGAGCAAAAGAUCGUCGACGUCAACGACGACAACGAGAAUGCAGCAUCCCUAACAGUAGUAGCAGCAAUCUAGGCACUCCGAUAUUCGAGAUCAGCUGCCAAUAAUAAAAAAUCUAAAUCGAA